GUGAUUUGUUUGUUUACACGGGACCAUAAAUCUAUAUCCUUUUAAAUAACGAAUACGUACGAAAGACAUGUUAAUAUUACCAUAUGCCGGGUGGGGGAAAAUGGAGAUUUCAGUUACAAAAAUAUUUCUUCUAGGGAUAAUCUAUCUCCCGAUGAUGUACGCGAUUCAAGAAUAUGAAAUGCAUGACCACUGCGGAGAAAAAGUUAGUAUGAAUCUCAAAUCUGCGCAUCAGCUUGAGCUGGAACUCACCGACAACUAUAUUUAUAGUCCUAAAACGUCCUGGUUCUUCAAAUCAGAGAUGCCUUCAUGUGAGAUUACAGUGGCGGCAUGGCAAGCAACAUAUACAAAACUAAUGUUCUAUUUUGAUGAAUUUGACCUUGAUUGUGACGAAGGCCAUCUUGAAUUUUUCGAUGGAGAAAAUGAGAAUUAUCGGGUGCCGGGUCUGGCGAACAAUAUUUGUGGGGACAGAAAACCUUCGGGUAUUUUCAGUGUUAGCUCUCGAUAUCUUCUAAUAAAAUACGUUCCCGGAAAGACCCAAUACAUCCGUGAUAUAUUUUCUAUCAUAGUCACAGCGUAUCGUGACGAUAUAUGUCCAAGUUAUUCACACAAAUGUGACAAUUCACGCUGCAUCAGUAAAGAUAUUGCCUGCAAUGGGUACGAUUCCUGCGGUGACGGAUCUGGUUGUGAUGAUGAUGAUGAUGAUGACGCUGCUGAUGACAGUGAUGAAGCUAAGGAGGAUGACGUCACUGGUAUCAUAAUCGGUGCCAUUGUUGGCAGUUUGGCCGUGAUAGUAUUUAUUAUAUGUGUUGUCCUCUGUGUUUGUUGUAACAGAAAGACCGGAAAAUCUCCUAGAGCGGAUCAGUAUCAACAGAGCCCUGUUCCUAUGACGGUAUCAUAUACUGCUUCCGGACAACGUAUAGGAUAUAGUCAACCAGUCUAUGGUGUCAAUCACGGAAGUUCGCAUCCAGCCAGCCAAGUAUAUCCUAUCGCACCCGUAGGUGUUCCACCAACGGCACCAGUGCCAGUGGGGCACCAGGUAAACUACCAAGCAAUUGCAACAGUAUCACCUCACGGCGGAGAAUUACCUCUUUCACCGCCGCCUUAUUCGGAACUCUUCGGGCAACCUGACCACACAGAGCCGCCUCGGUAUCACAAAGAAGAUCACGUGUAUGCAGAUAUUGAUGACGCAAGUGCUUUACAUGCAUACGAAAAUUCUAAGCAAGCCUCUUAAAGACUCUGAAUAUAAUGGAUAUAAACGCUUUGACACUAUAAUCAUAGUUCUAAAUGCUUCUGCUGCAUAGCAUGUCGUAGAAUGUCUUACUUAUAAUUUUAAUCAUCAUAUCAUUGUAAACUGUGUCCGCUUAUCCCGUUCUGAAUUUUACAAGAGUGCUGGAUAAAUAUGGCAACGAGAGUAUAUCAUCAAAGAACAGAGUUUGACUCAUUGGAAAACCUCUGCACAAAUCGUCACAAUUUGCCCUAUAUAAAGCGCGGGUGAAGUGGUUUAGUGGUAACACUAUCUGACUACGAAACCAGGAGUUGUAAGUUCGAGUCACUGCCCCUCCGUCUGUGUGCGGAUGCUUCACACCUUCAAAGGAGGUUCCUAGAAUUGGAGUUUCUUUAUCUGGCACUAUUUCCCCGCUAUCAUUUACUAGCGUCACCCAUGUGGGUUGCCGAUUGCGACAAUAAAUAAGCUCCACACAGACGCACACACACGCACACGCACAUACACGCUCGGACGCACGCAUAUCGGGAAUAUCAAACCUAGUUAAACUUUUCCACAUUCUUUAACCUUUAAAAGACGGAAUAUUAGUGCUCAAAGCUGUUUUCAUUUGUUUCUAGACCCAUGAGACCGGCCAGAUGAAUGCAAUGGUAUGAUAAGAUUUGGUCAUGCCCUGUUUACACGAUAACCGCAAACGCUUAAUUAGCAUUAAAAUGUUGUGGUUUUUUUUUUUUUUGUGUGUGUGUGUGUGUUUUUGGCGGAAGAGUUUUAUGUGGAAUUAGGCACAUUUUUUGCUGCAAUGAAAUGCCAUGAAAAUUACGUAAUCUGCAUAUCAGUCAAUUUGUACGACUAAGCCGUAAAAAUAUGUUUCUUUCCGGUAUCCCGACCUAACCUACCCUAAAUGUUUUUAUGGCCUUGGAGAAUUUUUUUUUCAACUUUUAAUAAAAUGUUGCAAAAUGCACUUUUUAUGCUUUAAACAUGGUCAGUAUUGUUAGAAAUCAACUUACUGAUGCUCUAAAGGCAUAACCCCCUUAUUUGUUUUGAUUUUUUGACACAAAAAUAAUUUCCGAAAAGUCUCAUUUAGGAAAUAAUAUUAAUACUAUUAAACUUUAUACUUUU